AUUAUAAUUAUAAACUAUUAUCUCUUGCUAUACAAUGCUACUAAUAUGAUACAUUUCAGAAAAUUGUCAAGGAGAAAAUUGUUACAAGCAAUUAGAUGUAAUGCUGAUUAAACAAUUCGGCUCUGAGUAUGAUCAUUCAGUUAUAGACGACAUACUUUUAAUGAUAUGUCAAAUAUUCGCCUUUUAUAUAGUACUAGAGAUUUUCGAAGAAAAGAAUCGUAGAAAGUGGUACAGUUAUUUUAUGCCUCCCAUGAAAGAUGAUGAUAUUAUAGAAUCGGAAGUUACGAAGGAAAAGAAGCAAGUCGAAGAAUAUAUGAAACAUUAUGAUGAAACAAAAUCGCUUCCAUCGCGAGUUGCUCUCGUUGUCCAAAAUUUAACAAAAAAAUACGCUGGAGAAGCAGUGGUUCGAGGAAUUAACUUUAAUGUCUACCAUCAAGAGUGUUUUGGCUUGUUAGGAUUUAACGGUGCGGGAAAAUCAACGAUUUACAAGAUGCUGGUAGGUCAAACAAAAAUGUCGGCUGGAAAAGCAGUUUUAAAUGACUACGAAUUCGCAAGAAACCCAGAUAUGUUCGUAGGUAUGAUAGGAUACUGCCCGCAAACUAACGGAUUGAGCGAUUUCAUGACAGGAAGGCAAUACUUGCAGCUACACGCGGCACUUCGCGGUGUCCCAUAUGUGCAUAUCAAUAAUGAAGUGAACAAAUGGCUAGAUGUAUUGGAUAUGUUGGAUUUUGAGAAUUUAAAAAUCGCCCACUACUCCUGGGGAAUUCGAAGAAGACUUUGCAUACUGCAAAGUUUAGUCGGCGAUUUACCGAUGAUAUUUAUGGACGAACCAUCCGCUGGAGUCGAUCUAAUGAGCAGACACGCAAUCUGCGAAAUUUUGCAUCAGAUACGGGAGAUGGGAAAAUCUAUAUUGAUCACUACGGAUAGUAUGCGAGAAGCAGAAGCGAUGUGUUUACGCGUUGGCAUUAUGGCUAACGGCCAAUUUACCACAAUUGGAUCUUGCGAGCAUCUGAAGGAAAAGUACGGCCAUAACUUCAUGUUAAACAUUAAAAUAGUACCGGGAUAUCAACUUGCGCAUCUCGAGAAGAUCAAGAAUAUUAUUAGCGAAAGCUUUCCAGCAAUAAGAUUCAAGGACAGUUACUUGGGUGUUCUUAAAUACGAAUUAGAGACUGACAUUUCGUACAGUUACGUGUUUGAUAAACUCGAAAAGCUAAGGCAGAGAUACGUGUGGAUCACAGACUUUUCAGUCACUCAACCGUCAAUGGAUGAAGUAUUUCUAACUUUAGCAAAACAGAAAAGAGAGCCUCGUAAAAAAUUGACAUUUUACGAACGUCUACGUUCGUGGACUGCACGUAUUAUGCGUUAAAUCAAUUUCAUUGUCACAUAAU